CAAAUUAAAUUCUUUUUUUUUUUCUUUCGUAUAAAAAAUAUUUUUCAAUUUUGGUUGAAAAUUUUUAGUACAAAAUUGCAUGUUUCAAAAAAAUUAACCGUAACGUGCGAAUGGCAGCUCUACGCUUGUAAUAUUUUGCAGAUUAUACACAUUUGCAGAAAUUGUAAUAAAGCGUUGGCAACAUUGCGGAUGUGCCUGCGCUGUUGUUGGGAAGUUUUCGAGCCAUUGCUGUUGUCGUAAGAGGAAGUAUUUGGGUGCUGAAGCAGGAAAAACUAAUCAGAAUUGUUUGUACGUGUCAACAAUAAACAUUGAAAACGCGCCAACAAAACAAUUUACUUUAGUAAAACAGCGUUGCAGACACAUCGCUCCUAAAGGAUCUACACACUACUCGUCCUUUAUACGCGUUGAGCUUGCUUAUUGUUUUGCACAAUUUCUCUGUGCAGUAAACUUAAUUGAAUUGAAUUGUACCUGAAUGCAUGCACAUACAAACAUAUACAUUUCGUAUACAUAACGCUUAACGUCAAGUAGUGCAGUUGUGCGUGUGUAUGUGACUACAACAAACAAUAUCAAAUUUAAACAAUUGAUUUGUGUUAAAAGCAAACGCGCAACACACGUGUACACAUAACAUUGAGUUGUACAAUCGAGAACGACGACAACAGCGUGUGGCUGGAAAACGUUUGUUAUUGUUAGUGUCAGGAUAUUUGCUAACCACACUUUUACUCGUCUCAACUGUUAGUUGGCUAUUAUUGUGGUUAACAAAAAGCAACAGCAUGUCGAUUGCACCAGUGAUAAUUGAGGCAACCGCCAAACAUACGUCAACCCUCAUCUUCAUGCACGGCUUAGGUGAUACCGGCCAUGGAUGGAGUUCAGCGUUGGCGACGGUACGUCCGCCCAGCAUGAAAGUAAUCUGUCCAACAGCACCCACAAUGCCGGUUUCAUUGAAUGCUGGCUUUCGUAUGCCUUCAUGGUUUGACUUGCGUACGCUCGACAUAUCGGGCCCCGAAGAUGAGGAGGGCAUCAAGAGUGCUGCUCAAAAUAUUAAAAGUAUGAUUGAUGAUGAGGUCACCAAAGGUAUAGCAUCGAAUCGUAUUGUGCUCGGUGGUUUCUCACAGGGUGGUGCAUUGGCAUUGUACACAGCGCUGACAUACAAUCAACCGCUGGCUGGUGUUGUAGCGUUAUCCUGUUGGUUGCCAUUGCACAAGCAAUUCCCGGGCAUAAAAACCAACUCCGAUGAUAUACCGGUUUUCCAGGCGCAUGGUGACUUCGAUCCAGUUGUACCAUACAAGUUUGGUCAAUUAAGCGCUAGUUUAUUAAAGACAUUUAUGAAGAAAGUUACAUUUAAGACAUACAAUGGGCUAUCACAUUCCUCAUCGGAUGAUGAAAUGGACGAUGUGCGGGAUGUACUGGCCUCUUGGAGUGGUGACAGUAGAAAAAGUGAAACUUCAACGCUGGAUGUUAGCGGCAGUGCCACAGCUCAAUGCUGUCUAAUAUCAUAGUAGCAAAUCUGUGAUUUACUUUGAUUGAAGUAUGUGAUGUUGAUGAUAAUGAUGAUGAUGAUGAUGAUGUUGAAGUAUGAGGCACAAACAAAACACAUUUUUAUUAAUGCAACAAAAAAGGCAACUCUCGUAACUCAUGAACAUGAAACUAAUAACUAAAAAAGUUUAAAACUAAUGAAGUGAAAACUGAAAUUUAAGUAUACAAACAACAAAGCAGCAACUCAAACAACUCAAAACUAAUAUUAUAUAUUUUUUUCGCAAGUAGUUUAUGCAAAGCAAUGAAUUCAAAACAAUUCAAAAUUCGGCGUGUAUCUUUACUAGCACGCAUUAGUAUAAACUUAAAAAAAAAAUAUUUAGAAAUUUUUGCACAAUUUUACAUUUGGCGCAACACAUUUUAUUUCAUUGUUUUUCACUAGGCGUAAACAAAUGUAGAGGAUAAUUUCACUGCUGUUGUUAGUUGUUAAAAACAAGAAACUUAUACCUUUAACGUAUAACGUAGCGUGACUGAACUAUAUUAUUAUAUAUUAUAUAAUUACUAUUAAAAGUAGCUAAUUGUGAAGUGAGCAAAGAAGCAGAGAAAACUAAGCAUAAUGCAACAAUGAAGAAUACAAAAUUAAUAAAAUACAAAAAUGCAAUAUAUUAAAUACCACAAAUCCA